AUGUUCCGUCGACUACCCCAUACGCUACCCGCGGAUCCAGUGUUUCCCGCCGACCUCGAAAGCCUCGGCUUCUUCGUCAACGAGCAGGACCAGAUCCGACUGAUCAAGAAUCCGGCGCAGAAAUACCAGUACCAGAUCAACAAGAACGACCGGGUCAAUCAGGUGUGGAAGCAAGCGAACAACGAUGCUGUCUACGAAAUCGUCCAAGAUCGCCUAUCAAACCUCGGUCUCGAGCGCGUCAGACUGCCCCUCGGCGCCACCGAGACCGACAACCACGUCCCGAUCCUCGUGUCCAAGGACCUCGCGACCAAAGACCGCGUGAUUGUCUUCUUCGGCGAACGCCAUGUCGAGCCUGGGAUCCUGUCCUGGCGCGUCAUCGGCGACGAGGGCAUCAAAGUCGGCUCACUCCAGGAAUUCGUGUCUGCGGCCCUGUUCACGCCGACGCCGACGUCUCAGGGCACGGCGCCGGGCAUCGUCAUUGCAAAUCCGUGUCAGCUGCUCUGGUAUCGGGGCGGUGGGCGGGCCAUGUCUGUGAAUGCGUGGCAGAGCUUGCCUCGGGCGUCGGCGGUCCAUGAGCCGUUCCGGGUCGACGAGGCCAAGAACAAGAUUGCGGCAAAUGGUGAUUAUAGAGAACAUGUCGCUUAUGUUCUUGAGCAAGUCCUGCCUCGGUUGACUAAGAAGGGGGCGAAGCUGGAUAUUGUUGGGAUUGAAUAUCCUGGGUCUGAGGUCGUUGAGUAUUUCGCUUUACAUUGGAAUCCUACCUGGUCGUCUCGCGUUACUGGGAUCUCGCUCAUCGAGCCACAGCACAAAGUGCAGGAGCUGCUUGACGGCGGAUUCGACGACGACUCUCCAGAGUUCAUCAAGUUCUUGUCUCGCCGGUGUCGGGCUUACUUUGUCAGUUCGGCGGCCAUUGAGACUCCCAUCGCGGGCCGCGAGCUGUACGGGUGCAAUUGCUACUCUAGUGGCGAGGACUCGUACCAGGAGAACGCGAUGGUUCGGUGCUGGAGGAGCGUGCUGGACUGGUUCAAUGUCUUGUAUGCGAAUCCUGACCAUGAGGAGAUUGAGUUCGUGACUGUCGAUGGCUCAGGACAGGCGGACGAGGUCAAGCUUGGGUGGUAG